UGGAAUUUGACACUAUGUAAGAUGGCCGAUUUCUGAACUGUACAAAAUUUUCUUUGUUUUCGUUUAAGUUUUCAGUGCAUUAUUGUGUUGAUUAGUUUAUAUUAAUUUAAUAAAGAAUAAGAGUUCGAGUGCCUUAAUGAGAAUUUAAUUUAAAUGGCUAGAUACAAAAGAUUUCUGAAAAUGAAUAUAUUUGGAUUUUGAGGGUAUACAGGGGGCUGUGAAAAAAUACUUUUUCUACUCUUUUACGAUGUUGGAAAUAAUUUGUAAAUGCCUUCAACUAUGUGGGAGACAUGUGAAGUGAUACAGGUAUAGUGAGGCCCAGUAUGGGCCAACAGCCUCGGCCAAAAGUCAUCAUGAAUCCCACAACACCUGCCCGUUCGUCGGGCUAUCACCAAAAGGCAAUGGAAGAAAUACAUAACUCUCUGCUCCCAUUUGCCAAAAGCAGCAGUGAGGUUAUGGGUUCCAGUGCUGCCAGCACUAUAUCGACAUUAUCUACUACCAGUGGUGUUAGUUCUCUUAGUUCUGCUUCUGGUAGUAAUGGCACUGAUAAAGAUCUACAUCAAUUGAGACAAAUGUUAACUCAAUUACUUAAUAUGGGUUAUACAGAGGAAUCUUCUUUUCGAGCUCUUCAAAACUCUGGUUUUAGAUUGGAUGGAGCGAUUGACUUUCUAGUCAAACAGCAACUAGACCCUAGUAGUAAAAACAGUUUUACAAAAUUAAUUCGGAAGCCAAGUAUAGAAAGAGAACUGGGCUUACAUCGAGGCAGCCCAGCUUUAGAUAGUGGGGCAGGAAGUUCGCGGUCUGAUAGUCCACGAUUAGCCGAACUUCACGCACCUGUUAGUCGACAAUACUCUCCUAGUAAUUUUAGUGAACCUCCGCCACCUCCACCUCCUAGAAAUACUCCACCACCAUCACAUGUAUCAUAUCAGCCAGUUCCCAGUAAUGUUCAGCAACUGUUUAAAAGAAUGUCACCUGCGCCAGCUUUACCUGCCAGACCUCCUCCGUCUGUACCAGGUGUGCCUGGUUAUAGUUCACCUGCAUCCCAACAACGUGGCACUAGUCCCGUGAGCAGUGUCUCAUCUUCAGCGGGACGACAGCCAAUGGUUGUGCAGAAUGGUCCUCAAGUUCAACAACAGCUGACACAUCAAAUGCAAGCACUCAACUUAUACCAGAGCAGCUCAUCGUCCACUGCAGAACCGCCUCCUCCAUACCCUUUAAUACCACAGUCGUUAUCAGGUGCACCACCUCCUCCAUCUUAUUCGGCUUCCAUACAAAAUAGACAAAGUCCCACUCAGGAUUUUAGGAAAAGUCCGUCUUCUGGCAUUUAUUCCGGGGGUACAUCCACUGGAUCUCCUAGUCCAAUUCCUGUGUGUACUACCACUCCAACAGCAUUGGCAAGACCCGCUCCUUUGCAAGCCUGGGUGGCGCGGCAAGCCAAAACACAACCACCCAUCAUCAUGCAGUCCGUUAAAAGUACCCAAGUUCAGAAACCUGUUUUGCAAACUGCAGUCGCUCCCACCUCACCUCAAAUACCGGCAUCACCGACAAGUACUACACCUCCGGCUACAACCGUACCUCCGCCGUCAUAUUCUGUCUCAAUUCAACAGAAACAACAACAAGUCCACCUAUCCAAACCGGCUUCCCCUCUACAACCCAACUCGGUGUCAUCCUCCUCAAUAUCGAAUAGUAUUAUACCAGUUCCAACUACUGAACCUCCAAGUUACGCGAGUACCAUGCAAGCUAAAGCAAAAGCCGUGCAACGUGUAAUUACACAUCCACCUGUACCACCUCCACCAUAUUCGGACGACGGUAUUGCUCAAGUUUCUCCAAUGGAAUCGUUGAGUGCAAGGGGAUCCGCACAGAUACAUUCGCCAUUACAAAGGAAAUAUUCGCCUGCCAUUACGUCCGAUAGUACUGCCUCCCAUUCGGAUAGCCCGCAUUCGGCUUCGUCAAGUGAAGGAAGACCUUCGCCUGCACAUUCUGCACCUGAUUCUUGUGCACCUCCAUUACCACCAACAUCAUCCUCGUCUGUAAACUCAAAAAACCGCAACUAUAAAUUAAUGAAUGGAAACGAAGACCACAAGGAAGAACAUCCACCUAAACUUCCACCUUACAGAAAAAUAAAACAUCAGUCGCCUAUACCAGAAAGAAAGAAAAUAAGCAAAGAAAAGGAAGAAGAAAGAAGAGACGGUAAAGUGAAAAAUUACUCCCCACAGGCUUUCAAAUUUUUCAUGGAGCAGCAUAUCGAGAAUGUUAUAAAAGCAUAUCGACAGCGUGUAUUUCGUCGCAUGCAGUUAGAAAAUGAAAUGACAAAAAUCGGCCUUAGUCCCGAUGCUCAAUGUCAAAUGAGAAAGAUGCUGUCGCAAAAGGAAUCUAAUUAUAUAAGACUGAAAAGGGCGAAAAUGGAUAAGAGUAUGUUUACGAAAAUUAAACCUAUCGGCGUGGGCGCGUUCGGCGAAGUUACGCUUGUACGUAAAAUCGAUACUAAUCAUUUAUAUGCAAUGAAAACAUUGCGAAAGGCGGAUGUUUUAAAACGUAAUCAGGUGGCGCACGUCAAGGCUGAGAGGGAUAUUUUAGCUGAAGCGGACAAUGAGUGGGUUGUUAAGUUGUAUUAUUCAUUUCAAGAUUGUGACGUGCUGUAUUUCGUUAUGGAUUAUAUACCGGGCGGAGAUCUUAUGUCGUUACUAAUCAAGUUAGGUGUUUUUGAAGAACCAUUAUCGAGAUUUUACAUUGCUGAAUUAACAUGUGCGGUUGAAAGCGUCCAUAAAAUGGGUUUCAUUCAUCGAGACAUAAAACCUGACAAUAUCCUUAUUGACAAAGAUGGCCAUAUCAAACUGACGGAUUUUGGAUUGUGCACAGGGUUUAGGUGGACUCACAACUCUAAAUACUAUCAACCAAACGAACACAAUCGGCAAGACUCAAUGGAACCCGUCGAAGAUUGGAAUAAUGAGGAGUGUCGAUGUAAAAGUAUGAAACCUCUAGAACGAAGGCGGAGGCAAGAACAUCAGCGCUGUCUGGCGCAUUCGCUUGUGGGUACUCCAAACUACAUUGCCCCUGAAGUACUACAGAGAACAGGGUAUACUCAGUUGUGUGAUUGGUGGAGUGUUGGUGUUAUACUGUACGAGAUGUUGGUGGGAAGUCCUCCUUUUCUUGCGAAUACACCAGCGGAGACACAAUACAAGGUUAUCAACUGGGAAACGACGUUACACAUACCAAAGCAGGCGAAUCUUUCUAAAGAAAGUACAGACUUGAUAUUAAAAUUGUGUACAAGUGCGGAUAAACGGUUAGGUAAAAAUGCUAGUGAAGUGAAAGCUCAUCCAUUUUUUUACGGUAUAGACUUUGAAAAGGGUUUACGGCGUCAAUCGGCGCCCCAUAUUCCUAAAAUAGAAUAUCCAACGGACACUUCAAACUUUGAUCCGGUCGAUCCGGAUAAAUUAAGAAAUUCAAACUCGAUAGAUUCCAGCACGUCGGACGAAUUCUUGGACAAUUCUAAACCGUUUCACGGGUUCUUUGAAUUCACAUUUAGAAGAUUUUUUGACGACGGUGGCGGCCCCGCAUUUAAUAAAAUUAAUCUAGACGACAAUAAUGAAAAUCAAGGUCCUGUUUAUGUUUGAGUUGUAUCAAUUUUUAUGGGGUGAAACCCUUGUGAUCAGUAAUGUUUAUGCUCUUGCCAAUGACAUACGAGUUUGCAUGCCCAGAACGCUUGUAAGGCGUAAAUUCGCAAAGAGAUGCUUUUGUUUGCUUCUGUUGUAUAUUACGAUUAAGCAGAAUGAUUAUAAAAGUUAUUUCUAAAAUCAUCAGCAUCACUCAGUUACUCGUGAAGUACAUUUUUGUUUAUUUAAAAAGAAUUUUUGGAUAUUAUCUAUUUACAGCUGUAAAUCAAUCACUGCCUAAGAUUAGUUUUUAUUUGCGAAGCAUCUGUGAUAUGCUUGAUAUUAACACAUUUUUUGCUAUUUUAAUAAUGGAUUCAUCACAUCUAUUGGCAAUAUUAGCCAGUAUCAUCCCCUCAUUUUCACAUCUCUUCUCAUCUGUAAUCAUUUCUUUAUUAAUGAAGAUUAGUGUUAUAAUUUUUUUACAGUUGGUAUUAUCUUAUAUUCUCUACUUUGAUCAGAUGGUUUAGAAUGUUAUGCAUUACCAAAUACAAUGUGCCUUAUAAUUAGAAAAAUGUUAUAGAUUGAUGAUUUUAGAAAUACGUAAUCCACUAAAUAGUUUAGCGGUGUGAUCAUUUUCAUUAUCGUAUUAGUAAAAAAUAAAACCAAAGUAAAGAAAUGUCUAAAUUGUGUUAUUCUUCAACAGUUGGUGUUAGUAUUGGUUUGUUUAUUUACUUCAUUAACGCAAUAUUUCAGAUACUAUCUGUUGACAUACAACUUGCACAAUGUAGGGCACCACCUGAGCCAAAACUAUCAUUUAAUUUUCUUCUUUAACUUUAUUCGAUGUUUACCUAUAUACAAUUUUGUUGACACUUUGUGUAUUUUUGCACAUGUUUGAGUUUUAUAAAUUGCAUGUUAACAAAUGUUGGCAUUUGAUCAUUGAUGAUUAUAUUGGAUCAAUCAAAAUUAGUUCAGGUAUAUACCCUACAGUAGUGCACUUUUUUAUACUCUGUCAAAUAAUGCAUUAAACCAUGAUUUCCAAGUUUACAGAAAGUUAUGAUAGUACAAUCAUGGCAAGAAAUAAAGAUUUUUACUUCAUCUUAAUCUAUAAUUUGAAAUAAUGGUGCUACUUGUUAAUACAUAAUAAAUGUGAUAUUUACCGAUUAUCCAUAAAGACAAUCUCUAAUGUUAACAUUAUUCAUUAAUCGUAAGGCCGAAACAUGUACUUUGUGGAUCAAUCUGUAAUUCAUCAAUAAAUUAUUGUAAAAUUUAUUUAAAAUUAAAUUUGUAUAAUAUGUAAAGUAAUAUAUAAAUUUUGCCAUAUACCGAAAUUUAUUGUAAACUAUUUUGUAAAUAAUAUAAAUAAGAUACCUAAAUGUGUUUAACAACGAAUUAUGAAAAAUUAUGAAAAAGGUAAAAAGCUAUGGUUAUAUGUAUUUAUUUAUGUUAGUCUUAUUUAUGUUAAAAUUGUUGUGUGAUUUUAAGACUGUUAUUAAAAAAAAACAAAAUGGAGUAAUCCAAUAAGUUAUGCCCAAACUUUUAGGCUACAUGAUCACAAAAAAUUGAAUACAUUAAAAUAGCUCUAGAUGAGGUAACAAAAGGUAUUUUCAACUUAACCAGCAGUGAACUGCUUUGUACUAUAAAACUCUGUCAAUACAUAACUUUUUCGUUAU